CAACAUUAUAAUGCCUUUUAAAGGUCAGAUCUCUCGCAAUAGCGCAGCUCCCUCCGUUCCAAUCUUUUCUGUCACAUCUGCACGCAACAGGUAGUAGACCGGCUCAAGGCCUCAAGCUCUCUCUGCUGCCGCGCAUCCAUGGCCGUGUCGUCGGAGGUGGCGGUGGAGGGCGUCGUCUUCCCGCCAGUGGCCUGCCCGCCGGGCUCCAGCAGGAAGCACUUCCUCGCCGGCGGAGGUGUGCGAAGAAUGGAGGCUGAAGGCAACUUCGUCAAGAUCGCGGCCAUCGGCGUGUACCUGGAGGACGCCGCCGUUGCGGCGCUGGCAGGCAAAUGGGCCGGCAAGACCGCCGACGAGCUCGCGGCGGACCCCGCCUUCUUCCGCGACGUUUACACCGGCGAGUUCGAGAAGUUCACGAGGGUGACGUUCAUCUGGCCGAAGACCGUCGCCGCCGAGGAGUUCGCGGGGAAGGUGAUGGAGAGCCGCGUGGCGUACCUGAAGGCCACCGGCGCGUACACGGACGCCGAGGCCGCGGCCGUGGAGGAGUUCAAUGCGGCCUUCAAGAGCCAUAGCUUGGCGCCGGGCGCGUCCGUCCUCUUCACCCACUCGCCCGCCGGAGUCCUCACCGUCGCCUUCUCCGAUGACUCGUCGGCGCCGGGUGCCGGCAUCGCUGCGAUAGAGAACAAGGCGCUCUGCGAGGCGGUGCUGGAGUCCAUCAUCGGGGAGCGCAGCGUCUCGCCGGCGACCAAGCAGAGCAUCGCGACGAGGGUGCCGGAGAUCCUCAAGGGCGGAGCGUGACUGCACACUGUCCUAUACGUGAUCCAUCCGACAGACGCUACACACCUACACCUGUCGUCUGCCGUGCGGUUUCAGUGUUUGCCCGUGGUGGUGAAACUUAUUGUCUUGUUCCGAUUCCAGUCGUUACUGUUUUUGAGGGAAGAUUCCAGUUGUUACUUGUGUGCGUGCCCGUGCAGUGCAGUCGUGGGCAACCUGAACACUCCGGAUGCUAGCGCAUACGGAAAUUUAACUGUGAUUACCUGUUGCAAGUUGAGGUUAUGGAUGUCACAUAUAUAUGAUCUGAAUUCUGAAUCUUGCGGCGCACAAUGAGUCAAGAGCAGGAAAACAAAACAAAAUAAACGAGAUGAAAAGAAAAUGCCAAAAGGCCGGACCCACACAAAAACAGAGGAGGCCCAUAUAGCCCGCAAUCAUGAGGGGGGAGGUCCGAGCAUCUCUUGGAAGAGGGCAGCAAUGGCGACGAGGUGCGUCGCGUCUCCUCCCCUCCUCUCCGCGUCCAGCGCCGCGGCGGCCAGGGCGCAGCCUACCCCAUCCGCCGUCGCGCCCCGCCGCUUCCGCACACGCCUUUUGGUUGCCACAGGCGGGGAGCAGCAGCUCAUCACGGCGCAGGAGCCGGCCCAGGAACCUGAUUAUGGAGUUGUUAGCCUUCAUCAUGUUGGGAUUCUGUGUGAAAAUCUUGAAAGGUCAAUGGCGUUCUACAAGGACCUCCUAGGUCUUAAGGUGAAUUGUGCUAGGCCAACUGACAAGCUUCCAUACAGAG